GGGCUCAAGUACGAGGUGAUCAAGUCGAACCCGAACGGCGCGAUCCCGAAGAUCGGCGACCUCAUCGCCAUCCGCUUCAAGGGCUCGACGGAGGGCCGCGUCUUCGACGACAUCACGAAGACCGACGAGCCGCUCUACUACCGCGUCGGCGGCGGGUCGCUCAUCAAGGGCAUCGACGAGGCCGUGACGCUCAUGCACUACGGCGAGACCUGGGGGCUCACCAUCCCCGGCGACCUCGGCUUCGGGCCCAAGGGCCGCUCCGCGUCCGCGGGCAAGCCGCGGAUCCCGCCGAACGCGGAGCUCUACUACGAGGUCCAGUUCGUCGGCUUCCCGGGCUUCGAGGGCGACCUC